AUGAAGAACCCUCCGCUUGAAUCCUCUGUCUGGAAGGAAGAGAUUUUUGGUCCAGCGUUGGGAAUCAAAACCUUCAGAUCUGAAGAUGAAGCUGUGCGACUUGCAAACGAUACUAACUAUGGCUUAUCUGCCUGUGUUUACACAAGCGAUAUUGCGCGUGCAUUGAGAGUAUCAGGACGAAUUGAGUCUGGGACUGUGGCGAUAAAUUCAAAUUUUUUUCCAACAAUCACUGUUCCCUUCGGAGGUUGGAAAGAAAGCGGGAAUGGAGGUCGUGAGGGCGGCUAUGCGGCUCUCAAAAGCUACCUGGAAUCCAAAACCAUCACUAUCAAUAUGAACGUUGGACCCAGGUAG